AUGUCUGAUCUCGUUCCUAUCGCUCCGAUUGCUCCUCCCAUGGAGUCUACUGGUGACAGACUGAUGACUUUGGAAAUGAAAGAUGGUACUGUCGUACAAGGCUACUCAUUUGGUGCUCCUGUCGAGGCCGCUGGUGAGCUUGUGUUCCAGACCGGUAUGGUUGGCUACCCUGAAUCCAUCACGGAUCCUUCCUACGAGGGCCAGAUUUUGGUUAUAACAUAUCCUUUAGUUGGUAACUACGGUGUUCCAGACCGUAAUUUGAAGGACGAAAUUGUGGAAUCGCUACCGCGUUAUUUUGAGUCUAACAGGAUUCACGUUGCCGGUCUAGUUGUUGCUCAUUAUACUGAGGAAUACUCUCACUGGCUUGCCAACUCAUCGUUGGGCCAAUGGUUAAAAGAGGAAGGUAUCCCUGCUCUUUAUGGUGUAGAUACCAGAGCUCUAACGAAACAUUUGAGAGAUUCCGGUUCUAUGUUGGGUAGAAUUUCUAUCCAGAAACCGGGAUCAGACCAUGCAGCUGCUAUGUCAGCCGACUGGAGGGCCCACUUCGAGAUUCCCAAGUGGCUCGAUCCUAACACGGAAAACCUAGUAGCAAAGGUCUCUGUGAAGGAGCCCAAAGUGUAUUAUCCUGAUGAGGAACAUGCCAUUAAGAAACCUGACGGCAAGACAUUCAGAAUCUUGGCAAUUGAUGUUGGUAUGAAGUACAAUCAAAUUCGUUGCUUUGUCCGCAGAGGUGUAGAGUUGAUUGUUGUUCCUUGGGACUAUGAUUUCACGAAAGAGGAAUACGACGGUUUGUUUAUUUCUAAUGGUCCUGGUGAUCCUGCGGUCCUAGGCGAGUUGUCCGCAAGGUUAUCUAAUGUCUUGAAGGCCAAGACCCACCCUGUUUUCGGUAUUUGUUUGGGUCACCAAUUGGUAGCUAGAGCUGCUGGUGCUUCUACUACUAAGCUAAAGUUCGGUAACAGAGGUCACAAUAUUCCAUGUAAUUCUACUAUUUCUGGAAGAUGUUACAUUACUUCACAAAACCAUGGUUUUGCUGUUGAUGUUAAUACGUUAACACCUGGAUGGAAACCACUAUUUGUUAACGCUAAUGACGGUUCGAACGAAGGUAUCUACCACGAAGAACUACCCUACUUUUCUGUUCAAUUCCACCCCGAAUGUACUCCAGGCCCAGAAGACACACAAUUUUUGUUUGACGUUUUCAUCAAAACUGUUGUGGAUUUCAAAAAGACCCAACAACUAAAAGCGGUUGAAUUCCCUGGUGGAUUGCUGGAUGAUCAUUUGAAUGCGAACCCAAGAUUAGACCCUAAAAAGGUUUUGGUUUUGGGUUCUGGUGGUUUGUCCAUCGGUCAAGCUGGUGAAUUUGACUAUUCUGGUUCUCAAGCAAUUAAAGCUUUGAAAGAAGAAGGCAUCUACACAAUCUUAAUUAAUCCAAAUAUCGCCACUAUCCAAACUUCGAAGGGUCUUGCUGACAAGGUUUAUUUCUUACCGGUUACGGCGGAGUUUGUCAGGAAAGUUAUCAUGCAUGAGCGUCCUGAUGCCAUUUACUGUACAUUUGGUGGUCAAACUGCUUUGUCGGUUGGUAUUGAAAUGAAAGAUGAAUUCGAAGUUCUAGGUAUUAAAGUUUUGGGUACUCCUAUAGAAACUAUUAUCACCACCGAAGAUCGUGAAUUGUUCUCAAACGCCAUGGAUGAAAUUAACGAAAAAUGUGCCAAGUCAAAGGCCGCUUCUACUGUACAGGAGGCCCUAGAUGCGGUGAAAGACAUUGGAUAUCCAGUCAUUGUUCGUGCUGCUUAUGCUUUAGGUGGUUUAGGAUCAGGGUUUGCUUCUAACGAAAAGGAAUUGGUUGACCUAUGUAAUGUCGCCUUUGCAUCGUCUCCUCAAGUUUUAGUUGAAAGGUCCAUGAAAGGCUGGAAGGAAAUCGAAUAUGAGGUUGUUCGUGACGCCUUUGAUAACUGUAUUACUGUUUGUAAUAUGGAGAACUUCGAUCCACUUGGAAUCCACACAGGUGACUCCAUCGUUGUUGCUCCCUCUCAAACUUUAUCAGAUGAAGACUAUAAUAUGUUGAGAACUACUGCAGUCAGGGUUAUUAGACAUUUGGGCGUUGUUGGUGAAUGUAACAUCCAAUACGCUUUAAACCCAUUUUCCAAGGAGUAUUGUAUUAUUGAAGUUAAUGCCCGUUUAUCACGUUCGUCUGCUUUGGCAUCUAAAGCUACUGGUUACCCACUUGCAUACACUGCUGCUAAGUUGGGUUUGAGAAUUCCAUUGAACGAAGUUAAAAACUCUAUUACACAAAGUACAUGUGCUUGUUUUGAACCAUCAUUGGAUUACUGUGUCGUUAAGAUGCCAAGAUGGGAUUUAAAGAAGUUUACUCGUGUGUCAACUUUGUUAUCAUCUUCCAUGAAAUCUGUCGGUGAGGUCAUGAGUAUUGGUAGAACAUUUGAAGAGGCCAUCCAGAAGGCCAUCAGAUCUACUGAGUAUUCGAACCUAGGGUUUGGUGAAGUCGAUAUGGAUAUUGAUAUCGAUUAUGAGUUGCGCAAUCCAUCUGAUUUGCGUAUCUUUGCAAUUGCCAAUGCAUUUGCAAAGUUAGGUUACUCUGUUGAUAAGGUAUGGGAGAUGACCAAGAUCGACAAGUGGUUCUUGAACAAGUUAUAUUCUUUAGUUAACUUCGGCAAGCACUUGAAAUCAUUUGGUACAAAAGAAGCCUUACCAGCAUUAGUUUUGAGACAAGCCAAACAAUUAGGCUUUGAUGAUAGGCAAAUCGCUAAGGCAUUAGAGUCAAAUGAGGUAGCAAUCCGUCGUUUAAGAAAAGAACACAAUAUUGUUCCAUAUGUUAAACAAAUUGAUACUGUUGCAGCAGAAUUCCCAGCCCAUACCAAUUACUUGUAUAUGACGUACAAUGCAGCUGAACAUGACUUGGAAUUUAAAGACAAUGGUGUUAUGGUUCUUGGAUCAGGUGUUUACCGUAUUGGUUCUUCUGUAGAAUUUGAUUGGUGUGCCGUUACUACUGUCAGAACUUUACGUGAGAAUAAAAUUAAAACCAUUAUGGUUAACUAUAACCCUGAAACCGUGUCCACCGACUACGACGAAGCUGAUAGAUUAUACUUUGAAACUAUAAACUUAGAAAGGAUUCUAGAUAUUUAUGAAGUUGAAUCCUCAGCUGGUGUUAUCGUUUCAAUGGGUGGCCAAACUUCCAACAAUAUUGCUAUGUCUCUACACCGUGAAAAUGUGAAGAUUUUGGGUACCUCGCCUGAAAUGAUUGACUCAGCAGAGAACAGAUAUAAGUUCUCAAGGAUGUUGGAUCAAAUUGGUGUCGAUCAACCAGCUUGGAAGGAAUUGACUUCUAUUGAUGAGGCAGAAGAUUUUGCAAACGAGGUUGGAUACCCAGUUUUAGUUCGUCCUUCAUAUGUGUUAUCCGGUGCUGCAAUGAACACAGCUUACUCAAAGGAUGAUCUUGAGUCAUACUUAAACCAGGCUGUGGAAGUUUCCCGCGAUUAUCCUGUUGUUAUUACAAAAUACAUUGAAAAUGCAAAGGAAAUCGAAAUGGAUGCUGUUGCAAGAGAUGGUGAAAUGAUUAUGCAUGUGGUUUCAGAACACGUGGAAAACGCCGGUGUUCAUUCUGGUGAUGCUACAUUGAUUGUACCUCCACAAGAUUUGGAGCCACAGACUGUUAAAAGAAUUGUGGAUGCUACUGCCAAGAUCGGUAGAGCCUUGAAAAUCACUGGUCCCUACAAUAUUCAAUUCAUUGCUAAGAACAACGAGAUUAAGGUUAUCGAAUGUAAUGUCAGAGCUUCGAGAUCUUUCCCAUUCAUAUCGAAGGUUGUUGGAGUGAACUUGAUUAACUUGUCGACCAGGGCAAUCUUGGGCUUACCAGUAACUCCUUAUCCAGUAGAAAAGUUACCAGAAGAUUAUGUUGCUGUUAAGGUUCCACAAUUUUCUUUCCCUAGAUUGGCAGGUGCUGAUCCAGUCCUGGGUGUGGAAAUGGCUUCUACCGGUGAAGUUGCAACCUUUGGCCACUCUAAGUACGAGGCAUACCUAAAGUCUUUACUAUCAACUGGUUUCAAGUUACCUAAGAAAAAUGUUUUGUUAUCUAUUGGGUCUUAUAAAGAGAAACAGGAGAUGUUACCAUCUGUUGAAAAACUAUAUAACAUGGGUUAUAAAUUGUUUGCCACCGCUGGUACUGCUGAUUUCCUAUCAGAGCAUGGUAUUCCAGUUCAAUAUUUGGAAUUCCUAAACGAUGGAGACGAUGAAAAAUACGAAUACUCGUUAACUCAACAUUUGGCCAACAAUAAGAUUGAUUUGUACAUUAAUUUGCCAUCUGCCAACAGGUUCCGUCGUCCUGCAUCUUAUGUAUCAAAGGGAUACAAAACUCGUCGUUUGGCUGUUGACUACUCUGUCCCAUUGGUCACUAAUGUUAAGUGUGCUAAACUUUUGAUUGAGGCUAUUUUUAGAAACUUGAGUUUGGACGUCUCUGCAAGAGAUGCUCAAACAUCACAUCGAACUGUUACCGUUCCUGGUUUAAUUAACAUUUCUUCUUACGUUCCAAAUAUUUCCAAUGUUGUACAAGGUCCAGCCGAAUUAAAGGAGACUACACGAGUUUCUCUUGAGUCUGGGUUUACCUUCUCUCAAAUAAUGCCAAAAUCCACAUCUGGACCGGUCAUUACGGAUGGUGUAUCUUUGAAAGUUGCAACUUCAGUAGCUGAAAAGUCUGCUUACACCAACUUUAGUUUCACAAUAGCUGCCACACCAAACAAUAUUGAGGAUGUAGCUGCUGAAGCUGGAAAGACUACUGCCUUGUUUUUGCCAUAUCGUGGAUUGACCGACAAGGUGUCCAGUGUUGCUGAUCAUUUGAAGAACUGGCCAGUAGAUAAGCAAAUCAUUGCUGAAGCUAAAACAUCAGAUCUUGCAUCUGUGUUGUUGUUAGCUUCAUUGCAAAAUAGGCCAAUUCAUAUUACCGGUGUUUCACAAAAGGAAGAUUUGUCUCUGAUCAUGACUGUAAAGGAAAAACAGAGUACUGUCACAUGUGAUGUUAACAUCCAUGCUCUAUUUGUUUCCCAGGAUGACUACCCAGAGGCAUUGUUUUUACCAACUAAGGAAGAUCAAGAUUUCUUGUGGCGUAACGUAGAUGCUAUUGACGUCUUUUCUAUUGGUUCUCUACCAAUCGCAUUGGCUGAGGUUACGGGCAAUGAAGUUGCCACUGGCUUGGGUAUUAAAGAAGCUCUACCCUUGUUGAUUUCCGCCGUUAACAACGGAAAAUUGACAAUAGAUGACAUUGUUGAAAAGUUGCACGAUAAUCCAGCCAAAAUUUUCAAUAUUCCUGAACAAGACGCCAAGGUAGAGCUUGAUUUGGACUUUGCCUUUAGACAUACCAAGAGAUGGUGUCCUUACACCAAAGGUGGUUUGAAAGGUGGUGUCGAGCGUGUUGUUGUUAACGACGAAACCGUUGUGUUGAGUGGAGAUCUAAUUACCAAGGAUGCGAAGGGUACUGCUGUAGUUACUUCAGUCGCUCCAAUUUCAAUAAACAGCUUUGAGUCCCAAUUUACUCCAAUAAUUCCACAUCCUACAACUACGGGGAGAAAAAGGUUCUCAUUUUCUAAUGAGAGCCUUAUGUCCGUAGCUUCUGGUGACGGUGACCUAGAUGACGCAAUAAUUGACCAGCCAUUACAGCAAAGGUUGAUGUCGUCAAGACCACCAAAGGAAUUGCAAGCUCCAACCGCUCUUCAGAGUCUAAUUCGUGGUAACAACCCAUUCUUAAGAAGGAACAUCUUGUCCAUUAAUCAAUUUAAACGUUCUGAUUUCCACGCGCUUUUUGCAGUUGCUCAGGAACUCAGAUCUGCCGUGGAAAAACAUGGUGUUUUAGAUUUGAUGAAGAGUAGUGUUUUGACCGUUCUCUUUUAUGAGCCAUCUACAAGAACUUCUUCUUCGUUUAUUGCUGCUAUGGAGCGCUUGGGUGGUAGAACAGUAAACAUUAACACGUCUGCUUCUUCCGUCAGAAAAGGUGAAACCUUGCAGGACACUAUAAGAACUUUGGCCUGCUAUUCAGAUGCUAUUGUUUUGAGACAUCCAGAUGAGAUGUCUGCUCACAUUGCUGCGAAGUAUUCACCAGUGCCAAUUAUCAAUGGUGGAAAUGGAUCACGUGAACAUCCUACACAGGCCUUCUUGGACUUGUUUACUAUUCGCGAAGAAUUGGGCACUGUUAACGGAAUUACCGUCACUUUCAUGGGUGACUUGAAAUAUGGAAGACCAGUGCACUCUCUAUGUAGACUUUUGAAGCACUACCAGGUUAGAAUUAACCUGGUUUCACCAAAGGAAUUGAGAUUGCCUGAAACUCUGCGCAAGGAAUUACUUGAAAAUGGUUUACUGGGAGUUGAAAGUAAAGAAUUGACAAACGAAAUAAUUUCUAGGUCAGAUGUUCUGUACUGUACCAGAGUUCAACAAGAGAGAUUCAAGAGCGAAGAAGAAUACUUACGUUUGAAGGAUACCUAUAUUGUUGAAAAUAAAAUCUUAUCCCACGCUAAGGAAAAUAUGGUCGUUAUGCACCCAUUGCCUCGUGUUAGCGAGAUCCGCGAGGAAGUUGACUAUGACCAUCGUGCAGCUUACUUUAGACAAAUGAAAUAUGGUUUGUUUGUCAGAAUGGCAGUGUUAGCCAUGGUGUUGGGUGUUGACAUGUAA